CGCCCGCCCCGCGUCCUCGGGCAUUGAUUUCCGAGGUACGAGCUCCCUCGGUCUGGUUAUCCGGCGGUUGGCCGCUUCAAUCCGGGGAUAACCUCGACGAACUCUGCGUGCGUCCAGGCCCGUCCCUGUCCCCGGCGCGGCGGAGGCGGCCAUGCCGACCACCCCGGAUAUCGUGCUGGAGGGCGACGGCGGCGGAGGGGGCGAGAAGCCUGAGGAGGACGCCCUGGCCGCUGGAGACGACGUGGCGGCGGGGGAGACUGUAGGUGUCGAGAACGACUGUGAUCUGGCUGACGAGGAGGGCGCUGCCGCUGGGUUGCAGUCGAAUGAGGAGGACGCUGCUGCUGUGGAUGACCCCGCAGACCUGGGUGCUGAUGUCGGUUCCGACCAGACUGGUCAGGGGAUUCAUGAUGGUGCUGACGAGGCUGAUCAAUUUGGACUUGGUGUGCAAGGUGAUGCUCCUCUUAUUGUGGAUAGUGAUAUCGCGGUUAGCGAUUACGGGGUGGAUGCUCAUGAUGAGGAGGGGGCACCUAUGGAUGCAGUUGCUGCAACUGAGUUAAUUGAUAGGGAAGCAGAGCUUGUCAAAGAUGACGAUGAUGUUGCAGAGGUGGAUACACAUCCCUCAGCUGAAAAUGACGAUGAAGAGGAAGCGGUUGCAGCAGCUGGUGAUGCUUUGACGGAUGAGGGGAGGCAGAUGGAUGCAGCUUCCAUCAGUACAGAUGUCGAUGAGGAGAAAGCUGCCGGUGUGGUUGGUGUUAAUGCCACAGGUGAAGACAUACAGGUGGAUACAGUUCACCUGGCUAUAGUAGAUAAUCAAGAAAACGAGAUCUCUUCAGCUGUUGGUGAUGAUGCAGGUGAGAAGGGCAUGGAAAGUCAUGCAGUUAUUAUGGCUGGAGGUGAGGGUGAAAAAGAUGCCAUGGCUGCCCAAAAUGUUGCUGAAAAAGCUGAUAGGGUUCCGGUAGAAGCUGAACUCAACAUGAUUGAUAAUGUUGUUGUAGAGGAGGUCACAGAGAUGGAUAUACUUGCCUCAACUGGAAAUGGCAAUGAGGAUGAAGGGGUUGUAACAGUUGGUGAUGCUUCUGCAGAUGAGGGGACGUUGAUGGAUGCAGUUUCCAUCAGUAGAGAUGUCAAUGAGGAGAACUGUACUAAUGCAGCUGGUGUGGGUGCCACAGAUGAGGACAUGCAGGUGGAUGGUGGCGAUAAUCAGGAAAAAGAGGCCUGUGAUGAUGGUGCAGACGAGGAGGGUGUUGAAAAACAUGCGGUUACUAUGGCUGGAGAAGAUGAAGAAGAUGAUAUGGCUGAGCAAAACAUCGCUGAAGAGGCUGACAGUGUUCCGGAAGAAGCUGAAGCUGACAUGGCUGGUGAUGUACCUGAAGAAGAGGAUGUGCAGAUAUAUGAGGAUGACGAUGAUGACGAACCUCCACCAUUGGCACGAAGAGGUGUAGGGCGCCCAAAACGAGGUCGUGCAUCUUCGAAAGCUCAGGCUGUGGUGAAGCCAUCUGUUAAAAGGAAGGAUGAGGAGGAGGUGUGCUUCAUUUGCUUUGAUGGCGGUGAACUUGUGAUUUGUGAUCGUAGGUAUUGUCCUAAGGCUUAUCAUCCUUCUUGUAUUAAUCGGGAUGACGACUUCUUCAAGUCAAAGGGCCAAUGGACUUGUGGGUGGCACAUUUGUAGCAACUGUCAGAAACCUGCUCGCCAAAUGUGUUACACAUGUACCUUCUCCUUGUGUAAAACGUGCAUUAAAGAGACAAACUUCAUCUCUGUCAGAGGAACUAAAGGCUUCUGCGAGACAUGCAUGAAUACUGUGAUGCUGAUAGAGAACAAAGAGGAGGCAACUGAGCAAAUGGAUGUAGAUUUUGAUGACAAAGAUAGCUGGUGGUCUUUGUUCAAGGAUUAUUGGCUGAAUUUGAAAGAGAAGUUACCAUUGCCAUAUGAAGAAAUAUCAGCCGCUAGGCAUCUAAAUAAUAGGUCUUAUCUUAGUGAACUACCUGAAGCUAAUGAUGAAGAGGAGGCUAAUUCAGACAGUUCACCAAAAACGAGGGGAAAGAAGCGAUUAAAGCGUGCUGCUGACGAGGACAGCUCCAAAGGGAAAGGCACCACUCGUAAAUAUACUAAACAAGGCUCAGUUAGCCGUGAUGCUAAGCCUAAGAAGCCCAGAGGUGCAAAGACUAGACAACUGUCAAAGCGUGCUUCGAGCAGUGAUCAUGGACCAAAAGAAUCUGAAAGUGUAGGGACAUCAACAUCCUCAGCUGAGGAGGCAAAUUGGGCCUCAAAUGAGCUCCUGGAUUUUGUUGCACAUAUGAGGAAUGGUGACAAAUCAGUUCUAUCUCAGUUUGAAGCUCAACGCCUUGUACUUGACUAUAUUGCACGUGAAAAUCUGCGGGAUCCUCGCGGGAAAAGCAUGAUAGUUUGCGAUUCUUGGCUCCAAAGUCUCUCUGGGAAAGAACGUGUUGGGCAUUUUGAACUGCUGAAGCUUCUUGAAUCUCAUUUUCCUUUGGCUGAGGUCUCACCAGCUGAUAUCGAUGGCAACCAUGGUGGUGUUGUAGACCCUGAUCCUAGCCAGGAUGCUGAUGGUAACAGUGAAGCAUCAGUUGUGAUGAGUUCAGAAAAAAGAAGGAAAUCACGGAAGUAUGAUCAGAGAGCUCUGCAAACGAACCUUGAUGACUUCGCCGCGAUAGAUAACCAUAAUAUUGGCUUGAUAUACCUGCGUCGCAACCUAAUGGAAGAGUUGAUAGGUGAUGCUGACACAUUUAGUGAGAAAGUACUUGGAGCAUUUGUGAGAAUACGUAUAUCUGGUACAGGUCAAAGGCAAGACAUCUAUCGACUUGUGCAGAUUGUUGGGACAGGAACAGCUGCUGAGAAGUAUAAAUGUGGGAAAAAGACAACUGACAUAACAUUAGAGAUACUAAACUUGGACAAGAAAGAGGUUAUUACUAUUGACAUAACCUCAAAUCAAGAAUUCACUGAGGAGGAAUGCAAACGUUUACGACAAAGCAUAAAGUGUGGAUUCAUUUCAAGGCUGACGGUGGGAGAGAUUCAGGAGAAGGCAAGGGUUCUCCAGUCUGUGAAAGUGAAUGAUUGGAUUGAAAGUGAAAAGAUGCGUCUUGCACAUCUUCGUGAUCGCGCCAGCGAUAUGGGCCAUAGAAAAGAGCUUAGAGAGUGUGUAGAGAAGCUGAAGCUUCUAAGUACUCCAGAGGAGCGUGCUCGUAGGCUAAAGGAAGAACCUGAAAUACAUGCCGACCCUGCCAUGGAUCCGAAUUAUGAAUCUCCAGAGGAACCAGAGGAGGAUGCUGAGAGAAGUAGCUUCAGUAGGCCGAGAGGUUCUUUCUCUAGGAAAGAUAUCAACCCAGUGUCUCCUGGUAAAGGAGAGGGUAGGAACGCUGCACGAGAUUCAAGAACUAACUGGGAGUCAAACCGAAACACAUGGUCAAGUACACAAUUGGAAUCACCUCAUGGACGUAGAUCUACAUUUUCUUCUCAUGGUGAAAGUGCUGGUUACACAGGUAAAUCAGAGAGUCCAAACGUCAGUGCACAAAAAGUUAAUGUGGAAGCCACGGCAGCUAAGACUCCACAUGGGCCAUCUGUUAUCUCAUCUCAAACUCUAACGGCUAAUUUAAUGUCGCCAACGCCAGCAUCACAGUCAACAGUCAAUGAGUCUGAAAAGAUAUGGCAGUACAUGGACCCCUCUAAUAAAAUCCAAGGCCCUUUCUCAAUAGUUCAGCUGCGUAAAUGGAACAGCAGUGGGUACUUCCCUCAUAAUUUGAAAAUAUGGAAGUCUAAUGAGAAGCAGGAGGACUCAAUAUUGUUGCCUGAUGCUUUGGCUGGGAAGUUUGAGAAAGACCUGCCUCCAUGGGAACCACCACUUGGUAGCUCUUCUCAAACGGAUAAAGGUUACUUGAGAAGCAGCUCAGAUGUAGGUGCUAGACCUUCUGGUGACUCCCUUGUGGAAAGGACAAAAGCUGGUGAACAUAUCUCAAAAUCAGCAGUUUUAAAUAAGUCACAGUCUUUCCCGGACACAACAAAUCCCGGAUCAACCAUGAUCCAGUCUGGCGCACAAAGUUAUUAUGGUACGCAGAAUCCUCAGGCAGCUUUUGCAAGCCAACAAUCUCUCAUCGAAAGUUGGAAUGCAUCCUCGAGUCAGUUUGGUGCUGCAGUAAAUCCUAUGACGCUUCCUCAGCCUACCAUAGGAGGAGGCUUUUCAGGACAGAAUAGUACAGUUGCAGGAAAUGUAGGUCAGCUAACUCCUGUACCAGCUCCUGCAACAGUGGGCACAGAAAUAGGUGAAGAUCGUGGACUAGCUCAGCCCGGAGCUGUGCCAUCAAACACUCCGCGAUUUGAAGACGCAAGGAACCAAUCAACCGACGCCUCCAACUCGACGCAGCUGAUGACACAUGCACAAGUGGCAAACACAUCUGGCCAAGCUCAGGGGGCUGGAAAUACGAACUGGGGAUCCGCACUUCAGAGUAAUGCAAACAUGGCCUGGGGAAUGAUGGGACAGACUAAUAUGAACAUGCCCUGGGCAGCACCAGCACAAGGUGCCGCCAGUUACAACAUGGGUAUGACUAUGCCAACACAGCAAAAUGCAGUCCAAAACAUGGGCUGGGUCGCACCCAAUCCAGGAAACACCAACAUGAAUAUGGUGUGGGCUACAAAUCAAGGCCAAGGGACUCCAAAUGCAGCUGCUAUGAUGGGAGCUCAGAUGCAAGGAGUUACGACGGCCCCUUGGGGCGGUGCCAUUGCGCAAGGAAAUGCAAAUUCUUAUCCUGGUUGGGCGCCCCAAGUUGGAAAUGCAAGUCAAAAUGUCGGUGGCUGGAGUGCUCCUGCGCAGGGAAAUCCAGGUCCUAACCCUGUAAAUGGCACAGGCCAGGGGAAUAAUAACGUGAACUGGAAUUCACCAAGUGAGAACCCGACAUGGAACAACCAGCAGGAUUUUAAUGGUGGUGGCUCGAGUGGGAGGUCAUGGAGGCCACAGUCUGGGGGUCGAGGGCCACGACCUCCCACAUCUUAUGGUAGGGGAUUCUGCUAUCAGUUCCAGAGUCGUGGUUACUGCAGCAGAGAGCAUUGCCCCUGGUCCCAUACGCAUGGAGACGAGGGAUAUUCACAGAAAAACGAUCGCCACUUUGAGAGACCUCAGCAUGACAGGCGGCCUUUAAGCAACGAGAGACCUCAGCAUGACAGGCGGCCCUCAAGCAACGAGAGACCUCAGCAUGACAGGCGGCCUUCGAGCAACGAGAGACCUCAGCAUGACAGGCAAAACGAUAAACAUUUUGAUUGUCAAGCGUCAGGCAGCGAGGGGCAGCAAGAUAGGCCCGACAACAGGCAGGGCAGCUGGGAUAACGGUGAGAAGACUGAUAAGUCAGAAUCAAAAGAGAGGCAGUAGAAGCAUGGCGACGGCUUCUUCUGGUCCAUUGUCCUGUUUUGUUGUAUAUGCAGUAGCUAGCCUGCGGGCCUCCGAACCUACCUACCUACCUACCUGAUGCGCAGUAGCGAUUAGCACCCCGUCUGAACUGUCAUGUAGAAGAAUUGUAGCUUAAAGCAUCAUGUGCAUCCUACACUUGUGUUUUCUUGCCUUGGAACCAAACUAAUACAUUUUCUGAAUAAAUCCUGAUGUCGGAGAUGCAAGGGUUUGAGGUA